CCCACCCGCCUCUCGGACCGAGAGCUGCGGGUGGCAGGCCGGGAGGGGGGGACGCGCACUCAGCGUCGCUAUGGAAGCAUCUACACGUUGAGGCUGGACCCCGGCGCCCGCACCUAUUGCUACAGGGAAGAAAGCUGCCGCUCGGCCUCCCGCUCGGGGCACUGCGCCGCCCUGCUCCCGACUCCUGGGCCCCGCCCCGGUCACCAGCUGCUGCUCUUUGGAGGCUGCGACUCAGCUGAGCCAGAAGUGGCCGGGCACUGGGGUCAUGGGAAGAUUCAGGAGGAAGCGCCUGCCGCCCCCCGUUUGACGGAGCAGCUAGCAAAGCUGGUGAGCAGUGGGCAAGGGUCCCGGCAGGGGCCUCGGGGCCUCCGGCAUCAUUCAUGCUCAGUGGUUGGGCCCUUUGCUGUGCUGUUUGGUGGAGAAACUCUGACCAGAGCUAGAGACACCAUCUGCAAUGACCUCUACGUCUACGAUACCCGCAGGGCUCCUUCCCUGUGGUUCCACUUCCCCUGUGCAGACCGAGCGCUGAAACGCGUGGGCCAUCGGACCUGCCUUUGCAAUGACCAGCUGUACCUGGUUGGGGGUUUUGGGGAGGACGGCAGGACAGCCAGUCCACAAGUGUACACCCUGGACCUCUUUCUCUAAAGAACGGUGCCAAGACACACUGCCAUGCCGCUGUUUUAUUGUAAACUCAAAGCAUUAUCACCAAAGCUACCUGCCUCAGGUCAAAUGCUUAUUAAAUUUCCAUCUAACAGUCAA